AUGCUUCUGACUGAUAUCACUCCUAUCAUUGGCGGUCCCGCGGCGCCGGCGCUUGCCAAAGCAGCUCCACUGACCCUGACGGCUGAGAUCAUCAGAGCCGAAGUCUCCCCCGGCGAGGACAGCGAGCGGUUCUGGAAGGUCGCAGCGGAUCACCUCGUCCCGCUCAAAGCACCAUGGCUUGACUUCGUCCCGGUCAAGGCGGAGGGCACAGUACUCUGGGACAAAGACGGGAGGGAGAUGCUCGACUUUACAUCUGGGCAGAUGAGCUCACUCCUCGGCCACUGCCACCCCGAGAUCACCUCCACCAUCCUCCGCACCUCCCAGACCCUCGACCACCUCUUCUCCUCCAUGCUCUCUCCGCCAGUGACCGAUCUCUGCACCGCUCUAGCCGAUCUACUCCCCGUCGAGCUGAGCAAGUUCAUCUUUCUCUCCACAGGGAGCGAGACGGUGGAAUGCGCGUUGAAGAUGGCCAAGAUGUACACGGGCAGGUGGGAAGUAGUCGGGUUCUCGACGGGAUACCAUGGGAUGUCAGCGGGUUCGUCCGGAGCGACAUUUGUCCAAGGUCGUGCAGGGUUUGGUCCGACCAUGCCCGGCAACUACCUUCUGCCUGUUCCUGACCCGCUUACCUCUCCUUUCCACCGCUCAGACGGGAGCUACGACUGGCAGACCGAGCUGGACUACGGCUGGAAUCUCAUCGAUCGCCAAAGCACCGGCAAUCUCGCAGCAUGCAUUAUCGAGCCAAUCGUUUCUACAGGCGGUAUGGUCGAGCUCCCCCACGGCUACCUCGAGGCGUUGAAGACUCACUGCGAGAAACGGGGGAUGCUGCUGAUCAUCGAUGAGGCGCAGACCGGUAUGGCUCGGACUGGAGACAUGUUCGCAUACCAAGCGUCCACCAUCAUCCCCGAUAUACUCCUACUCUCCAAGACGCUGGGUGCGGGUCUCCCUCUCGGCGCAGUUUGUACGUCCCCCGUCAUCUCGGCGCGCCUGAGCGAGAAGGGGUACAUGUACUAUACGACGCACAUGAAUGAUCCGAUCGUCUGUGCGGUCGGGGCCAAGGUGUGCGAGAUCGUCAAAAGGGAGGGAAUGGUACGAGUGGCCAAGGAGAAAGGUGGGGUGUUCAAGGCUGGUCUGGAGAAGCUCAAUGAGAAAUACCCGUUCAUCCGCCAAGUCCGCGGCAGGGGUCUCAUGCUCGCUCUGCACACUACCUCACCUUCGAUCGGUGCCGCCCUCUCGGACGCAGCAUUCAAGCGAGGGCUCAACUGCAACCUCGUGCCCCUGAAAGAGCUCGGCGGGACCAUCCGGAUCGUGCCUCCUCUCACGGUCAGCUAUACCGAGAUUGAGCGUGGACUGGCGAUACUGGAUGAGAGUUGUCAGUGGGUAAUGAAAAGUGUCUGGAAGGAGUAG